CUCACUCCUCCACUCCUCUUCCUUCAUUCACAGAGAAACCUCUGAGCCUAAGCCCUUCUGCUUCCUGGAUGGACCCUCAGAGCCAUUAAGCUGAUAGCUCUGGAUGGAAACCGAAGAUCUGAACUGCUGGGGGGGGGGAAGCUGCCAUGAACUUUAGCUGGACUUGAGGAGCUUCCAGAGUGUGAAGGAGUCAGAGCUCGGAGAGAAGGAUCCAGUAGGUGUCGCGUGAAAGGAGACAGGACUGAUUUAAAAAUUGCCUCCAGUUUUUUAGGCUUUCGCCCCUGGACCAUGAUGAGUUCAGACGUGCGUGACCUGAACUCCCUGCUGCCCUCGGUCCCGCCGGGUUCCAGUCCGGGCUGCACAGCGCUGCCAGUUAGUACGGCCCCUCAGUGGGCUCCCGUCCUGGACUUCCACACCGCCGCCUCCCCUUAUCCUUCCCUUGCUGCUCCCCACUCCUCUCUGGGGCCCCAUUCCUUUAUCAAACAGGAGCCCAGCUGGGGAGCCACAGGGGACCCCCUCCACCACGACACAGACCCCCACUGCGGUCUCAGUGCUUUCACUGUGCAUUUCUCGGGUCAGUUCACGGGCACCGGGGCCUGCAGGUAUGGGGCAGCGUUUGGGGCCCCUCCUCCUGCUCCGACGGCACCCAGCCAGCCUACGCCUGUGGCGGCCCCCCAUCACCACCAGCCCCCCAGCAGGAUGUUCAGCAACCCAUCGUACCUGAGCAGCUGCAUGGACACCCAGCCAGUGGCCCGCAACCAGACAGGUUACAGCACGGUGGCGUUCGACGGGGCCGGUAAUUACGGGCACACUCCUACGCACCACAGCUCACAGUUCUCCGGCCACUCCUUCAAGCACGAAGACGCCCUAACCCAGCCGAACACAAUGGGUGAGCAGCAGUAUCCCGUACCGCCUCCCGUUUAUGGCUGUCACACACCGUCGGACAGCUGCACGAGCAGCCAGGCGCUGCUGCUGAGGAACCCCUACAACAGCGGUGACAAUUUAUAUCAAAUGACCUCUCAGUUGGAGUGUGUGGCAUGGAAUCCUGUCAAUACACUGGCAUCCACCAUUAAGAGCCAUGCACCGGGCUACGACAGUGACCCCAGCACCCCAAUGGUGUACAGCUGCAGCACACAGUACCGCAUACACACACAUGGAGUCUUCAGGGGCAUUCAGGACAUGCGGCGGGUUCCCAGCAUCGCUCCAGCCAUAGUCCGAUCAGACACCAGUGAAAAGCGCCCGUUCAUGUGUACUUAUCCCGGAUGCAACAAGCGCUACUUCAAACUGUCGCAUCUGCAGAUGCACGACCGCAAACACACAGGGGAGAAACCCUACCGGUGUGACUUCACAGACUGCGGCCGCAGUUUUUCCCGCUCUGAUCAGCUGAAAAGACACCAGAGGCGGCACACAGGAGUUAGACCAUUCGAAUGCGAGACGUGUCAGAGAAAGUUCUCUCGGUCUGACCACCUUAAGACACACACACGGACUCAUACAGGUAAAACAAGUGAGAAGCCGUUUAACUGUCGGUGGCCGAACUGUCAGAAGAAGUUCGCCCGCAGCGAUGAGUUGGUGCGGCACCACAACAUGCACCAGAGGAACCUCAGCAAGCUCCAGCUUUCCAUCUGAGUUGCGGUUUUAAACAUGCAGCUUACUGCUGAUGUGAAAGUAAAACUGCUGAGUGUCUGUAGAGUCAGGUUAAAGAGUUACAAUUCUAGAUUUCAAAAAACUGUCUUACAGUUUCAGAAUCUCAACAAAACUGUCUGCAGGCAAAAGUCCUGGCUUUUCCAUGUAAAUGUCAUGUAGAUAGGAGUACGGUGUGGUUUGAAAUUUAGUUUGGAAUUACAAUACUGUGCAAAAUUCUUCAACCAUCCAGAAUUUCUUUAUACUCUGCUUCCAGCGUGUGGCAUUUCCCUGGACUCUUAAGGUUGUACAGAUUAUUAUUUCUCAAGGAUUUUUGAAGGUCUUUUUAAAGUUUUAUUCUGUUACUUUUGGUUGACUUUUCUAAAGGCAAAUCAAGAUUUUCCCAUCCCUGGAGGUUUUUUUUUUAAAAAGGCGAGAAAUGACCAAAAACGCUGCUUAGCUGAUUCUGGUGCUUGCUUAGCACCAGCUCUUCUUGUUUCUGCCGCCGAAAACAUGUACCAUGUCACCAUAGAACCGGUUCUGCGUUAACAACGAGUGUUUACUAGUCCAGAUGCAAUAACUGUGACAACUUUGUUUAAAAUGUUGGUUUAAAUAUUAAUCAAUGCACUGAUCUUGGGACAUAAGAAGCUUGUUUAUUCAGUAUUUCCCGUCACAUAGUGGCAGCAGGUCAAGCCAGAGCACAGAGUUGGGCUGCUAAUUUUAUUUAAAGCAACAGUCUACAACCAGCUGUUCUGGAGCCAUUUCUUCCAUUUUCCAUUAUGGCUAAUAACUUCAAUGAUUAGUUGACCUAAUAUUAGUUACUUAUAUCUAUGGUCUUAAACAUAGAUAUAAUUUAAAAAUGCAAGUUUUAAGAGUUUUUCUGUUUUUUAUGGAAUAAUUGGAUUGAAUUAGCACAACAGAAAGUACCAGUAAUAUUUUUAGAUGUUUAUUUGUCAUUAGGUU